CCCCGCCGCCCGGCUGUCCCGCCUGCGUCCGCCGCGCUGCAGAGCCCGAGCCCAGACCUCCGCCGGCCGUCCCGCCAUGGCUGCGCGCUUGCUGCUCCGCUCCCUGCGCGUCCUGAGCGCCCGCUCCGCGCCUCGCCCUCCGCCCUCCGCCCGAUGUUCUCAUUCUGGAGCAAACGCACGCCUGGAAACCCCUUCUGCUAAAAAAUUAACUGAUAUUGGAAUCAGAAGAAUCUUUUCGACGGAGCACGACAUUUUCCGGGAAAGCGUAAGGAAGUUUUUCCAGGAAGAAGUGGUUCCAUACCAUACAGAAUGGGAGAAAGCCGGAGAAGUGAGUAGAGAGGUAUGGGAGAAAGCUGGCAAGCAAGGCCUGCUGGGCGUCAACAUUGCAGAGGAGCAUGGCGGGAUCGGUGGAGACUUGUACUCUACGGCGAUUACUUGGGAGGAGCAAGCAUACUCAAACUGCACAGGCCCUGGGUUCAGUCUCCACUCAGAUAUUGUCAUGCCCUAUAUUGCAAAUUAUGGCACAAAAGAGCAGAUUGAACGCUUCAUCCCCCAGAUGACGGCAGGCAAGUGCAUCGGCGCCAUAGCAAUGACGGAGCCUGGUGCUGGAAGUGACUUACAAGGAGUAAGAACAAAUGCCAAAAGAUCUGGGAGUGAUUGGAUUCUCAAUGGAAGCAAGGUGUUCAUCACUAACGGCUGGUUAAGUGACCUUGUGAUUGUAGUCGCCAUAACCAAUCGUGAAGCUCGAUCACCUGCCCAUGGCAUUAGCCUCUUCUUGGUGGAGAACGGAAUGAAAGGAUUUAUCAAGGGCCGGAAGCUGCACAAGAUGGGAAUGAAAGCUCAGGACACCGCAGAACUGUUCUUUGAAGAUGUCCGACUGCCAGCUAGUGCCCUACUUGGGGAAGAGAAUAAAGGCUUCUACUACCUCAUGCAAGAGCUCCCCCAGGAAAGGCUGUUAAUUGCAGAUUUGGCAAUUUCUGCCUGUGAGUUCAUGUUCGAAGAAACCAGGAACUACGUUAAGCAGAGAAAAGCUUUCGGGAAAACAGUCGCACACAUACAGACGGUGCAGCAUAAACUAGCAGAAUUAAAAACCAACAUAUGUGUAACCAGAGCUUUUGUGGACAGCUGUCUGCAACUGCAUGAAGCCAAACGUCUGGACUCCGGCUCAGCUUCCAUGGCAAAAUAUUGGGCAUCUGAAUUACAAAACAGCGUAGCUUAUCAGUGUGUACAACUCCAUGGAGGCUGGGGAUAUAUGUGGGAGUACCCGAUUGCAAAAGCUUACGUGGAUGCUCGGGUUCAGCCGAUCUACGGUGGUACCAACGAAAUAAUGCGAGAGCUGAUCGCGAGACAGAUCGUCAGUGACAGCUAGACAUCUGCCUGCAUCCCCGAAUCCUAUUAUACAGCUAAUCUGGAUUCAGAUCUCCUUGAGAUAAAUUGUAACUUGGAAAGGGGGGAAAUAGGAAAGCUGUUUUUAUGUAUGGUUGUUAAAGAGAAGAAAAUAAAAUAUAAAGAUAACGAUAAAACUUUUGAACCCAGAAAGUCUAAAGUUAUGCGGUAAAAGCCUUAACCUUUUAUACAGUGAAUAUUGAAAAUUUUCUAACUUGAGAGCCUUAAUAUCUUGUCUUUCAAAUUCUGAAAAGAAUAAAUCACUGUGAUUCUUAAAGUUGAGGCAGAAAUAAUAUUAUAUUCUUAUAACAAUAAUACUUACAGACUUUGAAAAGGCAAAAUAAUUGUAAUUCACAGAAAGUCAUUUCAGCUACUUUUUGUUCCAAAUCCCCUAGAACAUUGGUUUAUACUAUCUUACCACCUACCCUAUGCUUUUUAAACAAUGACUAGAACGACGGUACCAUAUAUAGUACACACGGUCAAUUAUGUAUCAAUUAAAAAUAAAGUAAAACUUUAAAACAAA